ACAAACUUAUUAUUAGAUAGAUGGAUAUUAUAUUAGUUAUAGAAUAGAAGGGUACAAAACAGAGGCAAGGACAAAAAAGGCACGAGAUCCACUCAUCGCCUUCUUCAUUUUCCUGUCUUCCUCAACAGCCAGUCCAAUCCGGUGCUCCACUCAUCUGCUUCUCUUCUAUUCCAUCUUUUAUCGCUCGCUCGCUCGCUCGCUAAUCUGCAUAAUCUGAAUCAGUGAGUGAAUAUGAGUUGGUGGUGGGCAGGAGCAAUUGGCGCUGCAAAGAAGAAACCCGACGAAGAUGUUGGACCUCCCAAGCACCAGAGCGUCGGACUGGUGAUUGGAGUAACUGGCAUCGUCGGUAACAGCUUGGCUGAAAUACUACCGCUGAACGACACACCCGGCGGCCCAUGGAAAGUCUACGGCGUUGCCCGGCGGCCCCGCCCCUCCUGGCAUGUCGAUUACCCCAUCGAGUACAUCCAAUGCGACGUCUCCGACCCCGACGAAACCCUAGCCAAGCUCUCCCCUCUCACCGACGUCACCCAUCUGUUCUACGUAACCUGGACCAAUCGACAGAGCGAGUCCGCUAACUGUGAAAUCAACGGCGCCAUGUUACGCAACGUCCUUAGGGCUGUCAUCCCGAACGCUCCAAAUCUCCAGCACAUCUGCCUCCAGACUGGCCGCAAGCACUACAUCGGCUCCUUCGAGUCCUUGGGUAAGAUUCAAACCUACGAUCCCCCAUACCACGAGGAUCUCCCCCGAUUAGACGCCCCCAAUUUCUACUACACCCUCGAGGACAUCCUCUUCGAAGAGGUGGAGAAGAAGGAAGACCUGACGUGGUCCAUCCACCGGCCAGGGACGAUCUUUGGGUUCUCCCCUUACAGCCAGAUGAACAUAGUGGGGACGCUCUGCGUGUACGCGACUAUCUGCAAGCACGAGGGGAAACUGCUCAGGUUUCCGGGGAGUAGAGAGGUCUGGGAAGGCUACUCGAAUGCAUCAGAUGCUGAUAUGAUCGCGGAGCAUCAGAUAUGGGCGUCGGUGGACCCUCAUGCCAAGAACGAGGCCUUCAAUUGUAGCAACGGGGAUGUGUUCAAGUGGAAGCAUCUGUGGAAGGUGUUGGGGGAGCAAUUUGGGGUGGAAUGCGCCGAAUUCGAGGAGGAGAGGGGAUUGAGCCUGGAGGAGAUGAUGAAGGAUAAAGGUGCGGUGUGGGACGAGAUCGUGAAUGAUAACGGCUUGGUCCCGUCCAAGCUGGAGGAGAUCGGGUUUUGGUGGUUUGUGGACAUCGUCCUUGGGGCCAAGGACACUUAUUUGGACAACAUGAACAAGAGCAAAGAGCAUGGCUUCUUGGGGUUCAGGAAUUCCACCAAUGCCUUCAUUUCCUGGAUUGACAAGAUGAAAGCUUUCAAGAUCGUGCCUUGAUUUUCCCCCCUUUCUUUCUCUCUCUGUUUCCCUGUCCUUUAUUUCUCCCUUGCCGAUUGUUUGGUUUUUUAUUUAUCAAGGAACAAUGAGAAGGAAAUAACUCGUUAAGGAUGAAGAGGAUUUUUAGUCUUCUUGUUUCCAGUUGAUAAACACAGGUGGGGCUUUGUUGUUGUUGUUGUUGUUGUUGUUGUUUCUAAUGACGAUGAAGCUAUUGUUAAAUACUGAGCUCUGAGUUCACUAUUCACACAUGAAUAAAGCAAAAGGAAGUAUUUCCAGUUGAAUUUGUGGAA